UAAAAUAAUAAUAAUAUAUAUAUAUAUAUAUAUAUAUAUAUAUAUAUAUAUAUAUAUUCUACAGACAACCAUUGAUGUUGUCUGAACCAAAAGUGUAAUAUCUGUGAGUGUGAGAGCUGUUAUUAUUGGAUAUUUUCUGGGUCAAUGGUGCUACUGGUAGUGUAGCAAGUCUACAGUAGUUUUUCCUAAAUCAACUGAGUAGGGGGUUGCUACUUGGGCAGGUCUAGGAUUACAUGUAGUUCUUUGAGGGACAACACUGUUGCAUUUGUUCAAAGGAAAACUAUCCCACUCCCAUAUUGAUUGUCAAACGUGUGGUGAAGGAAUUUUAUUGUAACUUUUGUGACAAAGUAGCAUAUUUUCUCCCAGUAAUAACGGCUUUAUUAAUAAAUUGAAUAUACACGGAAAGACGCAUGGAGGAGAAUAAAAGCUUAACGCAAGGACUUUUGGAUAACAUUUUGAACAUUUAAAAAAAAAAAGGUAUAACUGGUGGAUAUGCAACAUUACAUUGCCUUUGUCUACGGACGUGUUCCGUUGCAUAACAUUUAUCUUUUGUCAGGGACCCCGACACGUCCUCUAUACGUUGGACUUUCCCACGAAAAGGCGCUUUUGUCUGGAGCGCUCAAACUGAGUGCAUGUGGUAGGGAGGAGAAGAAAGAUACGACGAAGGGACGAAACCGCGAGAAACGUAGUAGAUGAAUAGACGACUGUAUUCUGUCUACACACUCCGUCAUUGCAGUGGGGAACUGGCGGGCAUACAUCAUGUUGGGGUAUUUUGAGCAACGUAUCAUUUAAAUGCGCUUUAUGGAUUCGGAUAGUAUUUUUCUACUGCUCCUUUUUACAACACUUUGGGUAACUUUGGACAAAGCAACACGAAGAAGAGCAAUAUAAAAGAAUGCUCGGAAACUUUUAAAGGAUUCUAAACCAAUCUAGGUACUUCUUAGGUUUUUCUCUAUCUUUAUAUGGGAUUUAAAACCUGAGAAUUGAAAGAGUUUGUGCAACAGCUAAAUCUACUAGGAGCUUUUCCUACAACUUCCCUGGUUGUGUUUAACAACUAUCAUGUGGCGCGCGUGAGACAGUCUGCCACGCUGUUAUAAACUAUGCGACCACCUGCCUUUGUCGAACACCUGCAUUUUUAAGGCAACCUUAUCAAACUUUAGAGUAACUAAUGAAAGCCCAAAUACGCCAACCUGCAUGCUGAAAAAAGCAAAGGACCUGAUGGACUGAUUUUAUUCUGGUCAAGUCAGAGAAGUGCCUGAAGCAAGGUUGGGAGAUGUGUGAAGGAGUGUGAGGGACGGCCAUGGGAUUGGAGAGACAGUGGCUUCUGGGUGUCACCACUGUUGUUGCCCUCUGUCUGCUGCGUACGUCCCAGGGUGUGGAGGUGGUGGUCCGAGCCAGGGUUGGGGGGACUGCAGAGCUAGGUUGCAGUCUUACCCCCCCUUCUACAGGAGCCACCACCCCAAACCUGUUCCCACUGCACGUGGUGGAGUGGGUUCGUCUGGGUUACAAUGUUCCCAUCCUCAUCAAAUUCGGAGUGUACGCACCACGUGUGCAUCCCAACUACAAGGGCCGUGUGUCUCUGACCCGGGGGGCCUCGCUGCUGGUGGAGGGGCUGAGCCUGGAGGACGAGGGCUGGUUCGAGUGUCGCAUCCUGCUCCUGGACUGCACCACAGACGAGUUCCGCAACGGCACCUGGACCUUCCUCUCCAUCACAGCCCCACCUGUAUUUAUCAAGACUCCGCCUACCUUUGUGGAAGUCCUGCUAGGGGACUCCCUGACCCUCAGCUGUGGUGCCCAUGGUAACCCUCGACCAACUGUUAUCUGGCAUAAAGAUGAGGCCCCAAUUGAGAAUGGUGAAAAGAUAGUGGUGCUCAAUGGCACCUUAUCUUUGGCCCCCGUCACCAGAGAGACAUCAGGAAUGUAUAAAUGUCAUGUGUCCAACUCGGAGGGGAAUCUGACCCAUACUACCCAGCUGCAGGUCAAAGGUCCUCCACUCAUUAUCAUCGCCCCAGAGGACACCACCCUCAACAUAUCCCAGGAUGCAGUUCUGCAGUGCCAAGCUGAGGCCUAUCCCUCCAACCUCACCUAUGAGUGGUGGAAACAGGGACAGAAUGUCUACCAUAUAGACUAUCUCAAGACCCGUGUGAAGAUCUUAGUGGACGGCACACUCCUCAUCCCUAGUCUUGUCCCAGAGGACACUGGGAUUUACACCUGUACACCAACCAAUGGGCUGAUGACCCCACCCUCUGUUUCAGCACACCUCAAAGUCAAACACCCUGCCCGGGUGGGCCGGAUGCCCAGGGAGACGUAUCUACCUACGGGCAUGAGGGGAGUCAUCUUCUGCCCAGUCCAGGCUGAGCCCCCCAUGCUCUUUGUCAACUGGACCAAAGAUGGGAACAAUUUAAACCUUGACAAUGUCCCUGGCUGGAAGGUGAACUCUGAGGGCUCAGUGUUUAUAGCCACAGCCAAUGACGAUGCAGUGGGCAUGUACACCUGUACUGCCUAUAACAGCUAUGGAACCAUGGGCCAGUCUGAACCCACUAAGGUUAUCCUGCAGGAUCCGCCCUCAUUCUCUGUGUCCCCUCGUGCUGAGUACCUGCAGGAGGUGGGCCGGGAGCUAGUCAUCCCCUGUGAGGCAGAUGGAGACCCCUCUCCCAAUAUCACCUGGAGCAAGGUUGGUCCCACUCCUCGCUCCACAUACACUGUGCUGUCCAACGGCUCCCUCCUCCUGAAGCCUCUCAGGAAAGACCACCAGGGGGGCUGGGAGUGCCUUGCCACCAACCGCGUGGCCACUGUCAACACUGGCACUGUGAUCUUGGUUCUGGGCACCAGCCCUCAUGCUCCCUCAUUCGUGUCAGUAAGCACCGGGAUGAACCAGGCCAAUGUGUCCUGGGAACCUGGAUUUGAUGGAGGAUACACCCAGAAGUUUACUAUCUGGGUUAAGCAGGCUUCCAGAGGGAAACAUGAGUGGGCAUCUCUCCCAGUGCCCACGUCCAAGUCCCACCUGUUGGUGACAGGGCUGCUGGCUGGCACCAGCUACCAGUUCAGUGUCCUGCCUCAGAACAAACUGGGCUCUGGGCCCUUCAGUGAAAUCACCUCUGUCAGGACGCAGGCCCUACCAACAGAUCCACCGACAGUGAUCACCACUCUAUCAACUAUCGACCCUCCCUCGUUCCUGUCAAUCAAUCAGACGGUGCUUGGGAUUGUUCUACAGUGGUAUGCUCCUGAGUCUCAGGCCACACCCCUCACUGGGUAUGUCCUCCAUGCUCGGAGGAACACAGGCCAAUGGGUCAUUCUCAACAGCGCUGUGAAGGCCAACCAGAGUGAACUACUGGUACAGGGAUUACUGAGGGACUGCAUUUAUGAUCUGAGAUUGGUGUCUCGCAGUAACAAGCUACUGAGUGAGCCCAGUGAGUCUGUCAAUGUGAACACCACAGGCAUGGAGAUGUACCCUGUCUGGCCAGGCUUCCUGGAGUUUGUCCCUGAGCCCUUAUUGGCUGGUGUGUUGGGUGGAGUGUGCUUCCUGUUCCUCUCAAUCAUCCUCUCCUUGGUGACAGCCUGUGUUAUGAGUCACAGAAGAGCCCAUCAGCGCAGGAAGAGGAGAGAUGAUCUCCCCUCUGCCUUCCAGAAGAGUCCUUCUCCAGAAGCUCGCUCGCCUUCUGACAGCCCUGACAGCGUUCUGAAGAUAAAGCUGUGUCCUCCCCUGUCUUUCUUCCCCAACUCCUCAUCUUCCCAGUCUGACCGUUCUUCCUUUGAUAAAGGCAGCCGUGGAGAGUACCAGGACCAGCGUAGUCAGCUCCUGUCCAGCUCCUCUCCCCCACCCCACUACACCAUCUUUGAGAGCCACCUGGGGGGUAAUGCCCCCUCACCCUCUGCUCUGGAGUCCAUCUCAAGAGGCCCAGAUGGACGUUUCAUAGUCCAGCCCCUGCUAGAGGGAUCUACUCUUUCCAACAUGAAGAAAAAUGUGAAAACAGUCUUCCUACAAACCCAAACCAAUGGGAGAGAUAGCGGCACAGGGAGCAAUCAGACAUCUUUUAAAGACUCUCCAAAGUCCAGCAGUCUGAGCUCUGAGAGGGGAGAGAGAAAGGACACCUCCCUUACAGUGGAGGUUACUGACCUCAGCAAGCCCCCAGCUUCCCCGGGUAGAGUGAGGGCCAUGGCCAGGAACUUCUCUCGUCACGGCUGCUUCUACUCUGAUGACGAGCAGGGCAUCUCAGAGGCUCUGCUGGAGAGAGACAGCUUCUACUCCGACAGCAGUGAGAAGAGAGCCUGUGACUCCCUGAAAAGAUACCAUGCUGGGCACCCAGAGGACAUCUUCCCCAGCCUGGGCAGGAGAGCCAGGCAGCUGGAGAGGGACAGGCAUCACCAAGCAGGCUACCAUCCCAUGGGGAGAGAUAGCCAGCUGACCAACGCCAGUGAACAAGAGCGGGAUAAUCUCAGCAAGUGUCUGCAGUUGACCAAAGAGAGGGAGGAGAUGGAGAGGGAGCUGGAGAACUAUACCGCCAGCCAGAGGGCAAGGGAGCGGGAGAAAGAGGAAAGACAGCCUGAAAAGGCAGAAAGCCCUAACAGGGAACUGGAUAGUUCAGGGGCUGAAGAUCCUAUAUGGAAGCCACAAGACAUUACCUUACGUCCCAAAGCCCACCGGGCUUCCGGACAGACCCAUCAGCUGUCGGACUAUAGGAGGGCCUGCUACUUUGGGAACACGAGCAGCCCAAUGGACCGGCUCCCUUCCUCCUACAUCCAAUGGGACAUCAGCCCAGUCACCUCUAUCAACAGCCUUAUCCCAGUGCAGAGCCCCUUAGAGAGCACCACACCAAGGUUCCAACAUCCUCACCAAUGUCACAUUGGGUCGGCCAUGAAGGACUCGCUACCUGAAGACUGCUCAUGCUCCCCAGCCACUCAAUGCAUCACUCUAUCUCUGCUCUCCCCUACAUCAGAAAGCCCACCUAUUGGUCAAGGAACAGCCAGAAGCAGAGCCAGGUCGAGGAAUCCUGACAGAACUGUAGAAAGAGAGCAGGACACGUAUCGUAGAAGCUCUAUGGUUGAGGAAGCCUGGAGGGAAAAGAAGCAACCAGGGGGAGGUGCCUUAAAACCAAGAUUGUCCUUUGCUUAUGGUACACAGCAUCUGGAGCCAGCAGCUGAAAGUGUCAGAUCUGUUUCAGCAGAUCGAGUAAGAGCCACAAGUCCUGUUCAGCCUUACCCAGGCACUGCAUCAUAUAGUCUGUCUGAGAAAACAGAGACGAUAGAUGGCCUUAAGGAGAGAGUAAAUCAGAGUCCUUCUAGUUAUUCUACUUUGCCCUAUGAGCUCCACAAAGCAGGGGCUAAAGGGAACGUGAGAGAUGAUAAGAUUGGGAAUGACCCUCGGAGUUCACUGUUAUACCCUGAGCAGGAGAGAGAGUGUGUCAGGACACGCUCCAGAAGGAGUGAUAGGGCGCUUUUUAGUGACAGCCCCAGUCGCAUUUCCCACUUAACUCUUCUGGAAGAGUGUGAUAGUGAUCAGUCCCAGUUCUCUGUUGCCAGAGUCUCGGAGUCUUUCAAGAACAAGCGGACAAACCAGGCUCCCAAAAUGUCCCCACUGCAGACAAGUGCAAUUCUGGAGUAUUUGAGCCUCCCGGGUUUCAUUGAGAUGAGUGUGGAUGACCCUGGGGAUGAAUCUGAACUCACAGUCACUACUUGCCAAAGCGUAGAGCCACAGACAGAGACUUCUCUGGAAGGUAAGCCAGAUGUGGUUCCAAAAAACUGGGCAGUUCAUGUGCAGGAGAACCUUGAGACAAGUUCAUGCCCAAAAAAAGUUUCAUUUUUAGAAAACAGACACUCUGUUGGUCCAGCAAGAACUUCAGAAGCAGUUGAGAAGCCAGCCUAUAGAUACUCUCUGCAAGUGGAAGCAAGAGAUUCAAGCCACAAAGCUGGGAUUCCAGACUGGUCAAAAAAACAAUCACCUUGUUCAGAACUCACAGGGAGUUAUCAUCACAACCAUGAGCAGUCGCAACCACUGAUUAGUCAAAAGACCACAGCCUCAGAGAGACAACUAUCGAGAAUGGGUAUAAGUUCAGUCCAGACGUUGGUUAGUGCAGAUAAAAGCAUGGCAGACGUUGUGUCAAAACACCCGGACACUUUUGCCGGUAAACCAGAGUCAGCUUCAGAACAAGUCCAAACACUUCAUUCUCAGGGCAACAGGACUAAUAAAAUAGCCUCUAAGAUCAAUCAACCCCAUGCACCGUUCAUGAAGAAAUCUCUGAGCAUCGGCCCCUGCAGAACACUCUCAGGCAUGGGACAGCCUCGUCCAUUUCUGAAGAAGUCCAUCAGCUUAGGGUCACAGAAAUGGGAGCAUUUUGAAAGCCCAAGGACUUAUGUCUCAGAGAAAUGUUACUGGGAUAAGUUCCCAAAACCAGACAUCCAGGCCAAGUCCUAUAGUUUAGGACGCACCCCUGCAUCCUCCUUCUCCAGGCCAGGCCCCUUGUGGCAAGAAGGUGUCCAUUUUAGACGGCCGAGUGUAAGCAGCUUGGAAAGGGCUAGGUAUGCUGAAAUAUCCUUGGAGAGGCCUCGGUAUGACAGAUCCCUAGCCAGUUCUUCCUAUACCUACCUCAGCUCCUCCAUGUACCCACCAAGUCAACCCCCUGGCUCUGCUAGACGAGACCUAUCUGAUCUGCGUAGACAGGCCAGUGCUUAUCCUGAUGCAUCCAGGUCGCCUAUCACAUAUCAGGAUGCCCUGAGGUCUGUACAGCACAUAUAUGUCCCUAUGGAUUUCUCAAUACCCCAGUACCCACCCAGACCAGACAAGUACCCACCCAGACCAGGCAUGAGGGGGGACUACCCCAGACCGAUUGAGUCCAAGAGGGGCCCACCGAGGCCCAACCUGCCCCGGAUGUAUAGCUGGCCCUCACCCUACCAUGGUGGCCCUUUCCCACCCGGAGAUGUAGACAGUCAUAGACAAGCAGAGAGAGGGAUGGGUAAGGGGGCGGGGGCCGAGGUGGAGAUGAGAGAUAACAGGGAAGGAGGGAGGGCCAGUUAUGCCAGCCAGAGCAGUGGGAGAGGUAGCGUUGGCCUCCUCCGCCAGUCCCUCUCUAUCACUCCCACUCUUCUCAGCUCCCCAGAGACAACUGAGGAAUGUGAGACACAGAGACACAGAGCCGAGACAGAUCUACUUGAGCGGAGAAAGAAAAGAAGGAACACAUCAGUUGAUGAGAGUUAUGAGUGGGAUUCCACUGAUGUCUGUGUGGACUCGGAAGUCCUGGAGGCCAUGAAGCCACAGGCAGGGGUAGGACGGGGCAGGGGGGAGGGCAGGCAUGAUCGACCCCGUUCUGCACCUGGCCUCCAGGACCGCCACAGGAAUGUCAGUUCACCAGUUUCCAACCCACCUCGCUGCCAAUACAGUCGCUCCCUAAGUGAGGCGCGCUUCAACGCACUCCGCCUGGAGUACCAGGAGUACAGGCGCGCUCAGGAAACCUCCUGCACCAGUGAUCCCUGCCUUCCCCCCGACACAGACUCCAACUCAGCGCUCCUCUAACCGCCUGCCCACCUUGAUAUUUCAAAGCAAGGAAGCAAAUAGUUUCUCAGAUGCACAGAAUACAGCACUGUGGUCCUCGAUAAAUGCUGGAUAUCUUUAUUGAAGCUUCAUGAUACCUACUUUUUAUAUGUACAAAAUCCAUAUCCUCAACAGUUCAACUGGAUCUUCUGUGGACAGAACAAUGUCAAAAGUAUAACCAACUGACAGACCGGAUAUGCUGCUUGAUCAUAUGGCCCACAUUGUACACACCAAUUGCCACAGAUAUUGAUAGUUGUGUUGUGUGCCAUUAUUAUUGACACAGAAUAAUACUUUGAUCUGUUUGAAGCCUAUUAUGAGAUGCUGGAUAUUUAUAUUUCUUGUGUUUUGUGUAAAAACACAAACACUAUUUUGCAUUUAGAGUCACCAAUCCCCAAGGGAAAUGGAUUGUGCUUUGAGUGAGCGAGGCUUCAUCUUUGUAUUGCAUCAUUACCUGGGUAGAAAAACUUAAAAAAUUAAUUUCCCAAUUACAAUCUUGUCACAGGUGAAAUGCCCUCAUUUAUGUGUUUGUAAUCAUCCUCAGUUUUCUCAGCAGAGUAUUUCAGACUAACAGGAAAGUGUUGAGUGAUUGCUUGUAAGAGUUAACAGUGUAAAUGUGUUCAUGUACUGUAGCCCUAGACAAUUAUUUUUGGUACCAUUAAAAACUCAACAUCCUAAUCCUCGAUCAUAUGAAAAAGAAUUCAUGCUGACAUUUAUUGACUUGAAUAUCUUAUGUUGUUCAUGUCAGGGAAAGGUUGUGUAUCAUCUUUGCUUUACCUUUGUCAAAAAUAAGGUAGUUCACUGUUCACAAAUAUGGUUAAACAUAUUCCCAAAUUAAGCAUAUAUUACAUUAUUAGAGAUCAAGAAUAACAAUAUGGUUUGAGAUUAAGUACUGUAUAUAUUUUAAUCAUCUACAUCUUUCUUUUUUAUCUUUUGUACUACAAGCAUAAUUAGCAUUAUUGUAUAUUUAUUAACAUGGGUUUUGAUAUGCAACAAUGUUUACAUGCAAAUUCACAUCAUUGAUGUGAAAACCACACUGUGAAUAUACUCAAUUAAGAUGAAUUAUAUGUUGGAAUAAGAAGUCUCCAUUUAUUGUUGUACAUUUUAUGCACAAAAUUGUGUCCUGACUUGUUGUUAUGUAAUGACAAAACUGUACUGGAACUGUUUUACAGUAACCAAAAAAUAAAAAAAUAAAGGAAUCGAAGCCUGUACUAUACUUAAGGAGCGGCUGUAAAUCUGUACAUUUGGAGCACAUCUGCAUUUUUUAAAUACAUUGUUUUAUGUUUUGUUCCAACUGGGUUUAAAAAAAUAUAUCUGCACAUUUGGUUGUUCUUAUUGUCAUUUUUAUAUGUUUGUAUUGAAUAAAUGGUUUUAUUCUGAAAGCA